CUCCGAUGGAGGAUAAGGUAGCCAUGUUGUUGUAGCGGUGACGGUGGAGAGAAGAGUACAUCCCGGAGAAACUUGCUGCAGAUCCGUUACCGUCGACCACACGGCUCGGAGGGCCGUCCAUUCCGUUCGGACUUCCGACCCCGGAGUGGACACCAUGAGCGGUGGGACGCCCUACUUGGGCAGCAAGAUCAGCUUGAUCUCCAAAGCCGCGAUCCGCUACGAAGGAAUCCUGUACACCAUCGACACCGAUAACUCCACCGUGGCUCUGGCUAAAGUGCGCUCCUUCGGCACUGAGGACCGCCCCACUGACCGGCCCAUCCCCCCCCGCGAUGAUACCUUUGAGUACAUCAUCUUCCGGGGCAGCGACAUCAAGGACCUGACGGUGUGCGAGCCACCCAAACCUCCGUGUUCUCUCCCUCAGGACCCGGCCAUCGUGCAGUCCUCCAUGAGCUCCAGCUCAUCGUCCUCUGCUGCCGCUGCUCCGACCCCCUUCCAGUCCGCCGGGUCCUAUGGGCUGUUCAACCGGGCCCCGGCCUACGACCAGUUCAGCAGCAGCCCGCUGGUCUCCCCCCAGUUCGGGCCCGUGGGUGUAGGACGCAGCAGCCCAAGCCUGGACCCUCUAAGGAAGAGCCCCACCCUGGAGCAGGUGGUCCAGAGCGCCCCCUUGGUUACCACCACCACAGCUCCGGCCCCCGGGCUGGGACGCAGAAGCCCCGCCCACGCCCGCACGGCCCCCCCCACUCAGAAGCUUCCGAACCAGGAGGGCAUAGAUCCGAGGAAGGGUGAGACCUUCAGGGGGGGCAGCAGCACCACCCACAGCUGGUCUGCACCCAGAACCAUCUCGUCCUCCCACAUAAGUGCUGUGGACAGAGCUCCUCCUGCAGGACUCAACCACUCGGUCUUCAGCCACCCAGCGGCUGGCGGCGCUCCAGCUAACCGCCGCGGCCGCGGAGGGGGUCACCGCGGCCGCGGACGCUUCAACGUCCGGCGGGACGGACCCAUGAAGUUUGAGAAGGACUUUGACUUUGAGAGUGCCAACGCGCAGUUCAACAAGGAAGACAUCGACCGGGAGUUCCAGAGCAAACUGAAGCUGAAAGAUGAGAAGACGGAGAAAGCGGUGAACGGAGAAGAAAAGGCUGACUCCGCGGUGGAGAACCAGAGCAGCGAAGGAGCGGCUGAGGAGGAGGAGGCGCUGGGCCCCAACGUGUACUACGACAAGUCCAAGUCCUUCUUUGACAACAUCUCCUGUGAUGACACCAGGAAAGCCAAUGAGAAGUCCGGAGUCUCUGGGUUCCCCAGGGAGCGGAGGCAGACCUGGGCGGAGGAGAGGAGGAUGAACGCGGAGACCUUCGGCCUCCCUCUCCGCCACGGCCGGGGACGAGGAGGCUACCGGGGGCGAGGAGGGAUGGGCUUCAGAGGAGGGCGGGGGCGCUCUGCCAGCCGGGGCUCCUUCGGGCCGCCGCAGGGGGGGGGUGGCUUCAGAGGAGGUUACCGAGGCAACCAGGCCGGCCGGGAGUUUGCCGACCUAUCAGCAUACAGGAAGGACAACAAGGUGUCUGCGUAGUCUCCCUGAGGACGUCUCUUCUGUUGACUGAAAGGAUGAAGAUGUCUUCUUGUUGUACAUUUGUCACCAGCACUGAGGACUCAACGUCUCUGAAUAAGUUCAAUAAUGUAUAAAUGUCCUUGUUUGUUUUUCAAUGAAUUCUCUCCUCUAAAAGCGCCGUUCUGUUUCACUGACACAUAGCUUUAUGGGGGGGGGGCUUCCUCCUUCCUCCACCAUGUUCCUCUUCUUGCGAUGGUUAGUGUUUUUAUUCAGCAGAAACAGCAACGCUACAAUGCAUAUCAGAUAGAAUCCGAAUAAAUCUCCCACGUACUGUCCCUUUAAGGGCUGCUGAUUGGCUCGGCUUGUUGUGGUGGUUUCUGGGUAGCAGAAUGUCACAGGUCAAAGGUCACUGGCUCUUUAUUACUGUGGUUCUGGAAUGAAGUCAAACAGAACACUUCACUGGCAGAAGCGUAAAUAUAAAAUGCAGAAGAUUGAAAACGUCCUCAAAUUAAAGGAAGUGACGCUGUUGUUAUUUUUUUGUUGAAUAAACGGUCAAAGGACACUUAUUAAACUUCUUUAACAAUAAGCGUUCAUUGUUUUUAUCUCCACACAAAACACAGUGAACUUUAUUAAUAUUUCACACCUGCCAAUAAAUAAAUAAAUCUGAGUUAAAUGAGUGAAAUAAGUCAUUAAGAAAUAACAUGUUUCAAAUCAACUUCAUCAAAUAUUUGAUCAACUGUGAAAAAUGGAAUAAUAAUAAUGUCCAUAACGUGUUUCCUGAUGAAGAAAAUACAAUUAACAUGUUUUUCACAUUUGUUUUAUUUGGGGAUUUAAAAUCUUCUGCAUUUUUCUAAUAAACUUCCAGAUGUUGUUACCAGAUCACUAAUCCAUAAUACAAUGUUAUCCACAUGUUCUCUUCCAGUCCACAUGUUAUUGUGCCUUAAUCCAGAUGUUGUCAGUCUAGAUAUUAUUACACCUAAAUCCACAUGUUUUUACCCAUGGAUCAAAUCCAGGUGUUCUACAGUAUGUUUAUCCAAUCCAGAUGUGAGUCCAGCAGCUCCUUCAUAGGACGCUAGUUUAUCAUUUGAACUUCAGACCAGAUGUGUCAGUCAAGCUCCACAUCCAUGUUUGAAACCAGCACCAUGAGAUGGCUUCUGACCUUUAAUCUCCCUUCAAAGUACUUUAGUGUACUCGGGACAUACUACUAUACUUACAUGGGUACACAUAUGUUAGUAUAUGUAAAUACAUUGUGGCUUUAAGGCUCCAGAAUAAAAGCACAUCAAAUACUUUUUACGAUUGUGUUCCUUCCCGUCAAUGUAAAGGUUUGAGUUUCAGAGAGAAGUUUGGUAUAAAACAUUUACUAUCUUAAAACAAGAAACCAACGGAUUAAAUAAAUUACUUGUCCUUUAAAUACAGAGAAAUUAAAUCUGAUUAAAUUGCAAAUGUAAUUGUAUCAGGCUGCGAUUCAUUUACAUUAAAUUAUUCAUUCAAGUAUU